GCAAAUUUGAUCAUCUGUUAAUCUUAAUAACCUGUUGUAGUUCGAAUGCGCUGCGAUAAAAACCCGAAGCAGUUCAUCCCAGUGUUUUGACAACUUAUUCGAUUCGAACUUGAGUGAAACGAAGAAAUCAACCGAAACAAAACACAGUUUUACGUCACGAAUGGCCACGUGCUUCGAAAAUGUAGCCGUUCACAGUCACUUAGAAAGAUUGUUACUGUCGUCGCAGGACGAUGGAAGCGGACUCGAAAAAACGGCUUCGAACGAAAAAAGACAAUUAAAACCGGCGGUUAAUUACAACAAACUGAUUGCAGCGCUUCCACUCGCGACGACGUCGCUUUUCUGGCGCCGAGUUAGAGCGCCGGUUCCGAAUAGUUAUCACGCCUGACGCAUUUGCAUGGCGCUUUCGCUCCACCGUAUACACACCCCACCUUCGCGAUCGCGAUGGAAAUAUACCCCCGCAGGAUGAGAGAACGAGAGGACUCGCACGUGUUUUACUUUUU